AUGAUUCACAUGGCGUACGCGGCGCCAAGGAACGUUUUUGAGACAACACCGACGGUUUCUGGUCUACGCUCCGAUUCGUCCAGUGUUUACUUGGUUUAUGUUUUACUUGGUGUUACAGAAAACGAUCUCCCCUCUCACCAAAAUAGGAAUGUCCAAAUUUUGUAUAACUGGGCCUCCAUGUGCCCGUCCCAAAACGAAACGUGCACGUACCCCGAAUACCAUGAUUCCCAUAGCACUUAUCUAAAUAAGCUCGCAGCUGCAUACAAUCCAAAAGCAAAGCGACGACGUUGUUGUGCUUCGGCACUUGUGGUGGUGGUUUUGCAAUUCGG